AUCCAAAGCAUAAACGCAUCAAUCAAUACAACAACAGGAGAAAAGAGGGAAGGUUCGGAAGGGGAGAGGAAUAUUCUGUGGGAAGAUCCAAUCCUCCAUGUAUUCCUCUCUCCCAUGGUGAUUCACAUUGCCUUGAUGCUUAAAUACCCUUUUCAAACCCCUCUUUUCUCCGCAACCCUUCCUCCAAUUGUAUUCUAACCCCUUUCAAUUCACUACUUUCUGGUUAAAAAUGGCUACCAAGGCCGUUCAUGUCUCCGACGUACCAAAUCUCGAUCAUGUGCCGGAAAACGCUGCCUCAUUGUCGCUCUACGCCACACGCCGACCUACUGGUGUGGAUGUGAGUAAAAAUGGCAAAAGCUUUCCGAAAUUUACGGUGAUCGGUCAUAGAGGCCACGGCAUGAAUAUAUUACAGUCGACAGAUCGGAGAAUGAAGGCGUUUAAGGAGAACUCAAUUCUUUCGUUCAAUAACGCGGCCAAGCAUCCGAUCGAUUAUAUCGAGUUUGACGUUCAGGUGACUAAAGAUGAUGUAGCAAUCAUUUUUCACGAUAACUUCAUCCUCUCUCAAGAACAUGGAACCGUAUUUGAGAAGAGAGCCACUGAUUUGACGAUUAACGAAUUCUUCAGCUAUGGCCCCCAAAGGGAAGCAGGCAAAGAGGGGAAAUCUUUAGUUAGAAAAGUAAAUGGCAAGAUUGUGGGGUGGGAUGUCGAAUCUGAUGAUCAUCUGUGUACUCUACAAGAAGCUUUCCAGAAAGUAAACCCUUGCAUUGGAUUUAACAUAGAGUUGAAGUUUGAUGACAAUGUUGUCUAUGAACAAGAUCAUCUCAUCCAUGUUCUUCAAGUCAUCAUGAAGGUGGUUUCUGAGAAUGCUAAAGAUAGACCUAUAAUUUUUUCAAGCUUCCAACCUGAUGCAGCCUUACUUAUGAAGAAACUUCAACACAGAUACCCUGUUUACUUCUUGACGAAUGGAGGAAACGAGGUGUACGAUGAUGUUCGAAGGAAUUCGUUGGAGGAAGCCAAGAAGUUGGCAUUAGAGGGUAGAUUGGAUGGAAUAGUUUCAGAAGUUAAGGCAAUUUUUAGAAACCCCUCAGUAGUUAGAGAGAUCAAAGGGUCAAAUCUUUCCCUUCUCACAUAUGGGAAGUUGAAUAAUUUCUCGGAAACGGUGCAUGUUCAACAACUUAUGGGAGUAGACGGGGUGAUUGUUGAUCUUGUGGAAGAGAUAACGAGGGCGAUUGGUGAAACGAAGACGAGAAAGGGUAGUGAUGACGAGAAAAGGGAAAAGACGGACGAGGAGGAUGGUCGAGGGAUCGAGUUGUCGUUUCUAUUGAACUUGAUCUCACAAGUGAUACAACAUUGAUCGAUGGAAAUAGUUUAUGUCGCUUGGAGUGAGCCCUUUUCCAUAUAUACCCAGUUGUGUAAAUAGGUUAUGAAUCGGGGCCACAUCCAUUUGAGAUGCUAUGUGAAAAUUGUUUCUUAUGAACAUAAUGCAUAGCUUUUCUUUCUAUUAUGC